GCAACUCCCUCUCUGUCGCGCGCGCACACUGCCUCUCUGUUCAUUUCACACUCACUCAGAUCAUCACAAAUAUCCUCCUCGAGCCAAUACCUGAGGGAAUCCUGAAUUUCGGACAGCAGCUCUUCACCCUGCCAGACAAAUGUCCAGUCCACUAGAGCGGGUUGUAGCCCAGAAGAAGGAGGCCAUUGAAGCCGUAAUGGAGAUGUUUGAGAGAGGAGCCGAGGUGCUGGCCAGCGCUGUUGGGGAGCUGUGUCCUCUUUUUGAAGCUUCUGCUCCAGUUUUGAGGCUGGUCUUGGACAAUGUGGAAAGCAAGGAGGUCACAUAUGUCAAAGAUCAGUUUCUAGUUGUGAGAAGCAAAUUAGAUGUCCUCUCAUCUCAAAUAGAGGACAUCAACUGCGAGAUUAAAAAGGGACGUUUGGAUUCUCAGUUCUUCUCUGUGGAAGAAAAUAUAUGCAACCAGUUUAGAAAAUACAUAGACAUUCUGGAGGCCAAACCUGAGUACAAAGAGGUUAGAAAACGCUUGUUCUUGCAGCAUUUUCCCAAAACAGGUGGAGAGAAGAACCUCUACAUGCUUUACGAUGCUGUGAUGGGAAACAGCACAUUUGGGGAACCGAUCCUGGAUGUUGUGGAACAAUACGAGGCCAGAAACAGAAGGGUCCUGGAAGAUUUCUGCGUCAGACUGAAGGAGCUGCUCUGCUUGGGAAUCAUCGCUCUGCUGGGAUAUUGUUUUCUUACUCAGGGUGAGGAAUCAGAGCAGGAGAAGAUUCAAGAGUGGAGCACGAAGAUCCAAGAAAUUGAGACGAAAAUGAAGGAAACGAUAGAGAAAUGUGUGGAUUUGUUUCCAGAGCAAGCUGAAUUGGACGUCAAGAGGCUUGUGAAGGAGAAAGAAGAUGAGAACAUUCAGGAAACAGCCAAGGAACUGCUGGACUUCCUGAUGAAGAAGUACGACUGGGUGAGCUGGUCCAUCAGAGUCAUUAGUAACUUGGGCAAAAUUAGCAACUUGAGAGCCGGACAGAACUUUCAUUGUGUGGCCGGACAGAAUUAUUUUGAAGUAUCUCAAGGAAAUGACAUCAACCUGGUGGUCUCCUUCAGCAGCAAGCCUCAGCCUGUGCCCAACGAGAGCGUAAAGCAGAUGAUGGAAGGCCCUGCGAGGAAGGGAGACGCCAAAGCUGUUGUGGAGCUUCUGGAGAAGCAGUUAUCUGGGUUUCUGGUUCACGCCGUCAGUCGUCACAAGGACAGCUUUGCUCUGUCGAGUUUUCCUGAAGAAUGUCACUACUGGGAGAAACAAAGAACGUGAAUCUCUGUGUGCAUUCAGAGUAGAUUUAGAUAAAAAUCUACCAUAACUGCAUUUUAAUGUAUCCAUGAUCUGUCUUGAAAAAAACAGUAUUUAUUCAGCUUAUUGUUUCUAACAAAUAGUUUUUUAUUGUAAUUCUUCUUUUCAUUGUUCUUAACUAAAACCAAAGUGAUCUUGUUCAGACUAACCAGUUUAAUUAAUCAGCCCGUGUAUGCACUUUUAUGAGAAAUUAUAUUCAGUUAUAAUAUAAUUUUAUGUUACAAAGUUUAAUGUAUCUGUCUAAAAUCAUGCCUUGAG